ACCAACUUCCUUGAAGAGUGGAGCUACACAGAUAUGUGGAGAACCUUCUUAAAGUUUGGAAGGGUUUACGAUAUCUAUAGUCCAAACAGAAAAAGUAGAAGUGGAGGCAGAUUUGGAUUUGUCAGAUUCCUCAAUGUUAAUGAUAAAAGGGAGCUGGAGAGACAACUUGAUCAGAUAUGGGUAGGAGAUCAGAAGCUAUGGGUUAAUAUUCCAAGAUAUGAUGAUGAGAAGAAAGAAGAAAAGAAGGGGAGAAAUGGACAAACAAUGGCACCAAAAUCUCAGAGCAGGAGCUAUGCCGAGGUACUGCAAGGACAGGGAGCUAGAACAAAGGAGGGGGGGAGCAAGGAGGAAUCCAAAGUAGAUCAGAUGAGAAGGCAUGGAAGAGGCGAGAUCAGAAACAGUGAGGAUUGGCUUGGACAAUGGUUCGCAGAAGUUCGACCUUGGAAACCAAACUUGGUAGCUCAAGAAAGAUUGGGGUCCAAAACCAUUCAAAAUUUUCAACGCUUGGUUGGAUCAACGGGGAUGCAAGGAGAUUAUCACAGAGGUGUGGAAUAUCACCAAGGUAACGGGGUGGAAUGGGUACAUAAGGAGAAGUUGAAAAGAACUAAGAAUAAGCUAAAGGAGUGGAACAGAAAUGCCAUUUCAGAAGUGGAGAGAAAGGUUAAAGAAGCUGAAAAGGAGAUAGCCGCAAUUGAUGAAAAAGGAGAAAAGGGCCAACUUUCUCCACAUGACGUGGAACAAAGAAAAAAUUGCUUUCUAGAAUUGUGGAAGAACAUUAAAAUCAAAGAAAGCAUGUGGCAACAAAAAUCAAGAAAAAUGUGGCUAAAAGAAGGGGACACGAAUACAAAGUAUUUUCAUACAUGUGUGAAAGGAAGAAAUAGAAGGAACGAAAUUCUUAGUAUUCGCAUCAAAGACGACGAGCAUACAGGGGUGGCACAAAUAAAGGAAAAGGUGGCCAGAUAUUUUGAGGAAUUAUUUACAGAAGAGAAAUGGGAGAGACCAAAGCUAGAUGGCAUUAUAUUCAACAAGAUAUUUGAAGCUGACAAUGACAUCCUAACAGUAACCUUCUCUGAAGAAGAAAUUAAGGAAGCAAUAUGGGAUUGUGAAUCUUCAAAAUCCCCAAGCCCAGAUGGUUUCAAUUUCAGAUUUGUGAAGAAUAUGUGGGAAGAUAUUAAAGCUGAUAUUGUUGGGCCCAUCUCACUCAUUGGGGUUAUGUACAAUAUCCUAGCAAAGCUGCUCACAAAUAGACUGAGGAAAGUGAUUCAUAAGGUGAUUGGGGAGCAGCAAAUGGCUUUUAUUCGAGGAAGACAACUAGCAGAAGGGGUAGUAAUUGCAAAUGAGGUGAUUGACGAGGCCAAAAGGAACAAGAAGAAAUCUUUCCUCUUUAAAGUUGACUUCGAAAAAGUGUACGAUAAGGUAUGCUGGGGAUUCAUAAAUUAUAUGAUGCUAAGAAUGGGUUUUUGUGAAACUUGGAGAAGUUGGAUACAAGAAUGCCUCCGAUCGAGCUCGGUAUCAGUUAUAGUUAAUGGAAGCCCGACAAGACAGUUCAUGGUCACUAAAGGUAUACGCCAAGGGGAUCCUUUAUCCCCAUUUCUAUUCCUCAUUGUGGCUGAACGAUUGAAUGGGAUGGUGACUGCAGCUGUUGAAAAGAAAUUGUAUAAGGGUGUAAUGGUGGGCAGCGGAGAGGUCAUGGUUUCACACCUACAAUUUGUAGAUGACACUAUCUUCUUCAGGGAGGCAACUGAAGAAAACAUCUGGGCUAUCAAAUGUAUAGUAAGGUCCUUUGAGCUGGUUUCAGGACUAAAAAUCAAUUAUGCUAAGAGUCAGCUUAUGGGUGUCAAUUUGGAGGAAGGAUGGAAAGAAAAAAUGUCAUGUAGACUAUAUUGUAAAGGUGAGGAUCUCCCUUUUAAAUACCUCGGGAUCCCCAUCGGGGGGAAUCACAGAAAAAUAGCAAUGUGGCAACCAUUGAUAGAAUUUGUGAAAAGGAAACUAGCUUCAUGGAAAGGCUGGCAUCUCUCCUUUGGGGGUCACAUCACACUCAUUAAUUCCGUGUUGUCCAGCUUGCCCAUGUUUCUGAUGUCAGUUUACCUACUGCCUAAAGGGAAAUGGUGGGGACGGUUAGCAAAAAAAGAACAGGGCUUGUGGGAUAAGGUAAUAGAUAGUAAGUAUGGUGGGAGAGGAGGCAAUUGGUUUGAGUGGGUGAGAGAGGGAAAGGGAAUAGGAUCACUAUGGUGGAGGGAUGUGUGUUGUCUUAAUUUUGUGGACGAGGAGUGUGAAGGGUGGUUAACAGAUGGUUUUAAGUUAAAAUUAGGAGAGGGAAAGGGAGACAAAGAAUGUUGCCAAAUGGGUUAUGAGGAAAAUGGAACAUGGAAGUGGAACCUUGAGUGGAGGAGAGCCCUAUUCGACUGGGAAAGAGAAGAAGCUGCGGAAGUGCAAAGAAAGGUUGAUGGCGUGCAGAUAUAUCUGGGCAUUCUGGACACUUGGAAAUGGGAGCAUAGCAAGGAAGGCAACUACUCAACAAAAACAGCAUACAUAAUAUUGGCAAAGGAGCAAAAUGCACUGGCAUGUCUUCAAGAUAACUGCGGUAGGAAAUAGAAUCUUGUGCUAUGCUUGGUAGGAUUAUCCUCACUGUUAAGAGGAUAUUGAUGGAUUUAUACUCACUGUAAUUACAUAGGAAGCAUUGAGCAACUAAUUGACUCUACUUGGAAUAAAGACAUAGUUAGUAGAUGCUCAAUACAUUCCUUGUUUUUGUAUUAUGAGCAGGAGUACCAUUUGUACUAUAUAUAAUCAAAUAUCUUUUGCUGU